GGGCGGGGCCUCGACCAGAGACAGCCAAUCAGAGAAGACCUAGAUCCUCGUUGCUAGGCGACAGAUCCCACCCCGCAGGCGGCACCGGAAGUGGCAGGCCGGGAUCAGCCUUUAAGAUGGCGUCUCCUCAGGGGGGCCAGAUUGCGAUCGCGAUGAGGCUUCGGAACCAGCUCCAGUCAGUGUACAAGAUGGACCCACUACGGAACGAGGAGGAGGUCCGAGUGAAGAUCAAAGACCUGAACGAGCACAUCGUCUGCUGUCUGUGUGCCGGCUACUUCGUGGAUGCCACCACCAUCACAGAGUGUCUUCAUACUUUCUGCAAGAGCUGUAUUGUGAAAUAUCUACAGACCAGCAAGUACUGCCCCAUGUGCAACAUCAAGAUCCACGAGACACAGCCGCUGCUCAACCUUAAACUGGACCGGGUCAUGCAGGACAUUGUAUACAAACUCGUGCCGGGCUUGCAAGACAGUGAAGAGAAACGGAUUAGAGAAUUCUACCAGUCCCGAGGUUUAGACCGGGUCACCCAGCCCAGUGGGGAAGAGCCAGCCCUGAGCAACCUUGGCCUUCCCUUCAGCAGCUUCGACCAUUCCAAAGCCCACUACUAUCGCUAUGAUGAGCAGCUGAGCCUGUGCCUGGAGCGGCUGAGUUCUGGCAAAGACAAGAAUAAAAGCAUCCUGCAGAACAAAUAUGUUCGGUGUUCUGUUAGAGCUGAAGUUCGCCAUCUCAGAAGGGUCCUGUGUCACCGCUUGAUGCUAAAUCCCCAACAUGUACAACUCCUUUUUGACAAUGAAGUUCUCCCUGAUCACAUGACCAUGAAGCAGAUAUGGCUCUCCCGCUGGUUCGGCAAGAAAUCCUCUUGAGUUUCAUCGUGAAGAGGGCUUCUCUAUGUCUGUGAUCCCUUGAUGAAUUACCAGAGGAGAAAGGUAGAGGAUCCUACCAUGUAAAACUUAGAAGGUGAGCUAAGUGAAACAGUCUCUUUUUGGUGAAGGGAAAGCUUUCUGGAGGGAAGCUUUCAUUGUCCUUGAAUGUUGCAGCAUAAGGUGCAGGCCUGAACACAAGUGUUCUAACUGGAGAAUGAUGAUGCUACGGUCGAAUGGACAGUGGCCAUUGCGGACUAAAGAAAAGUGACAUCGUAAAGAUUGUCCACUGACAAUUGCAUUCUGGGAAGAGCCUUUACGUUCUUGUCUAUACAAGAUUCAGCAGGUCUUCAGGUAUCUGGACUUCAUAAAGCCAGGCUGGAAAGAGAGUAAUUAAGAGAGAGAGAGAGAGAGAGAGAGAGCUCAUCUCCAGGAGAAGAAAGUCAGUGACAAGGAACAAAAGGAAAGAGAGAAGAUUUGAACUCCACUGGUUAAUUCAGCAAACUUUGUAGGGGUUCAGCCAUGAGCACGGAGCUCAGAAAAUAAACCCAGUCAGUGUCUUUG